AACACCUCACAGCCUGUGAACCUCUCAGUGUGCCUCUGCCCUUGGUCACAAACAUGAGGUUCAAAUUCCCUCUCAUGGCCAUAGGCCUGGAGGUGGCCAUGAUUGUUUUAUUUUCAUUAUUUGUUCAGUAUGAAACAGAUCACAAUACUACCUCACAUAUCAACAACACUAUGGCAGCAGACAUGGAUGGAUUCCUGAAAUUAUAUCCUUUAUUCCAAGAUGUACAUAUUAUGAUAUUUGUUGGUAUUGGCUUUCUCAUGACCUUCCUGAAGAAAUACGGCUUCAGCAGUGUGGGUAUCAACCUAUUAAUUGCUGCUCUGGGCCUCCAAUGGGGCACUAUCGCACAGGGGAUGCUACACAGCCAUGGAAAGAAAUUUCAGAUUGGAAUCAAAAACAUGAUAAAUGCAGACUUCAGUACAGCCACAGUCCUGAUUUCUUUUGGAGCCGUUCUGGGAAAAACAAGUCCAAUCCAAAUGCUGAUCAUGACAAUUAUAGAAAUUUCUUUCUUUGCUGGCAAUGAAUAUCUGGUUGGUGAGAUAUUCAAGGCUUCUGAUAUUGGAGCAUCAAUGACAAUCCACACCUUUGGAGCCUACUUUGGCCUGGCUGUAGCAGGCGUCUUGUAUCGAUCUGGCUUGAGAAGGGGGCAUGACAACGAAGAGUCUGUGUAUCACUCAGACUUGUUUGCAAUGAUUGGGACUCUUUUUCUGUGGAUGUGUUGGCCCAGCUUUAAUUCAGCCAUUGCUGAGACUGGAGACAAACAGUACAUGGCUAUUGUAAACACAUACUUCUCUCUUGCUGCCUGUGUGGUUACAACUUAUGCGUUCUCCAGCCUUGUCCAGCACCGAGGCAAACUCGACAUGGUGCACAUUCAGAAUGCAACCCUUGCAGGAGGAGUCGCUGUGGGUACCUGUGCAGACAUGACAAUCCACCCAUAUGGUUCUAUGGUCAUUGGAAGCAUUGCAGGAAUUGUUUCUGUGUUUGGAUACAAGUUCCUGACUCCACUUAUUGCUACUAAACUGAGGAUCCACGAUACUUGUGGAAUCCACAAUCUUCACGGCUUACCUGGUGUGAUGGGAGGCCUUGCAGGCAUUGUAGCAGUCGCCAUGGGAGCAUCUAACACGUCUACCAUGGCAAUGCAGGCAGCUGCCCUGGGUUCUUCCAUCGGAACAGCAGUUGUUGGAGGUCUGACUACAGGUUUAAUUCUAAGGUUACCCAUCUGGGGACAGCCACUGGACGAGUACUGCUAUGAUGACUCUGUUUACUGGGAGGUGCCUCGGUGGAGAGAACAUGACCAUCACUUCCAUGAUCCUGGUGACCACAGUGAGCUGGAACCUGAAGUCUAAAUAUGAUCCCUGGGCCACAGAAUCCUCUCUGAGUAUCUGGAAUUAAUUUUAGAUAAACAAAGGAAAGUAUGAUAUCAGAGUAGAUAUAUCAUAGACCCCAAGUACCCAGUGUGAAAGGUCCACUGGUGCUACCUAUUGAUAGUCAAUGAUUAUUUAUUUAAAGGGAUGUGGCUCAUAAAAUAGACAUUAAAAUGGAGUCUUUACAAAACUCUCAACAAUGCUUUUACUAGUGUAUACAUGCAUAGAGAGCAUUUGAUGUAUAUACCUGUGUUUUUACCAGUAGAAAUGAAUUUACUUAUAAAUCAACAUUCUAAUCAUGUCAGUUUCUUCAAAAUUAAAAAUAUGUAUAUAUUGAAAGUAGCAACAUGAUUGUUUCAGGCAGUGCUUUUCCGAUUUUAAAAAUGUUCUGUUAAGGACCAGUGUUGUAGAGCAGGCAAUUAAAUCAUGGCUUGCAAUGCUGGUAUCCUAUAUCAGACUGCUGGUUGAAGACCCAGCUGCUCCACUUCCAAUCCUACUCCCUGCCAAUAUGCCUGGGAAAGCAGUGAUUGAUGGCCCAAGUUUUUGGGCCCUUGCCAUCCAAGUGAAAGAUCUGGAUGCAGUUCCUAUCUGCUGAUUCCACAUGGUUCAGCCCUGGCGAUUAAGAUCACUUGGGGAGUGAAUCAGUGGGUGAAAGUCUCUUUAUCUCUCCCUCUCUGUUGCUCAGCCUUUCAAAUAAACAAAUAUUUUUUUUUAA